AUGUGGAUAUCGAUACCGCGGCGAAGGAUGGGCCCUCUCCUCCUCUCGACCGCCUUCGUCUUCCUGUUGGCCCUGAGCGCCGCGUCUCCGGCCUCGGUGGGAAACCCCGAGGAUUACGCCGCGGACGAGGCGGAGCGGACCGCCGGUGAAAACAUCGUCUUCGAUGACUACCGGGGGAAAGGAUGCGUGGACGACAGUGGCUUCGUCUACAAACUCGGGGAGCGCUUCUACCCGGGACACUCGAACUGUCCGUGCGUGUGCACGGAGGACGGGCCCGUGUGCGACCAGCCCGAGUGCGCCAAACUGCAUCCCAAGUGCACCAAAGUGGAACACAAUGGAUGCUGCCCCGAGUGCAAGGAGGAAAACUUUUGCGAGUACCGGGGGAAAACGUAUAAAAUCCUGGAAGAAUUCAAGCCGUCACCCUGUGAAUGGUGCCGCUGCGAACCAAAUAACGAGGUGCACUGUGUGGUGUCCGACUGCGCCGUCCCAGAGUGCGUCAACCCCGUGUAUGAGCCGGAGCAGUGCUGCCCCAUCUGUAAAAACGGUCCAAAUUGCUUUGCUGGAACAACGAUCAUCCCAGCCGGAAUUGAAGUAAAGGUGGACGACUGUACCAUCUGCCGCUGCCACAACGGAGACUGGUGGAAGCCGGCACAGUGCUUGCGGCGGGAGUGCCUCAACGGCCAGUCGUUGUCAUAG